CCGCAAUUCAUAAAUCACCCAAUCGCCGGCCUCUGCCGACAUUAAGAUCCCUCACACCUAACGACAUAGCACACCCUUCGCCGCUGUUACUGAACAACAUGGAACCCCAACCCCUACCCCGAACGCCAGAACAGUUAAGGCCAGAGCUAAGCGAUGAACAAUGGAAAGCAUAUAGCCGGUGCCUUUCCCUAGAGAAGUUGGGUGGAUGGGGUAUCCACGUUCCUGAGCUUCAAGAAGCUUACUCGGAGGACAUCAUGGCCCAGUUCACAGCGUGCAAGGUUGCACGUAUCCUUGGAUAUUGUUUGCUUGCGGCACCUAGUAAGCAAGGGUGUGAUGCAUUGACCCGCACAAAGUUAGAGUGUGCAGACAAGGAGGAAGCAGAGAUGUUGGAGCCUGUGGGCCAGGUGGAAGCAGAGAUGUUGGCUGGGCUCGCCCAUUUGUACAUUUAUGGGCUAACUCGUGUUUUUCAAUCCAAAGGCCGUACACCCAUACUGUCACCAGGUCAAAGUCCCAGAGGCUCCUUCGAGCAAGCAGAGAAAAGGGCCGCAGAUUGGCUGCUAUGGCGCCGGGCCCCCUAUGAUAGCCUGAAGCAGCUCGUCUUGCUUCGUGAUGACCAUCGCUGUGCCUUCACUGGUCUUUUGGAUAAGUCUUUUGUGGGUUGUGCACCAAGGCAACUCGAAUUCAGAGGAAAGCAAGUCAACGUGACUGGAAUGGAUUCGCUAUCGGAGGACAUCGAGGGCCAGUCAGAAGGGGUAAAGGCUAAGUUCCAGUGGGCAAAGAAGGCAGUGGCAUUGAUCGAGCGGUUUGGAGGGUUUUCCUUUACAGAGCUUGGGAUUCAUGGUCUGGACAAUCCGUUGAAUGUGUUCACAACAUCAGAUACGCCGCACAAGCAGUUUGACGCCCUCAACCUGUGGUUAGUGCCAGCUCUAGAUCAAAACCGUGCCGUCAUUGCCAAUAAUACAUACGCUCCAGAACACUCUGGGGGCGAUGUGGCACUGAAGUCAUUCGGGAUUCAGAAAAUUGUCAAAUUCAAAGAGGCUAAGACUGAAGAUGGUCAGGUCGUCCCCCCUCCUGACCCACGUCUCCUUGCCCUGCAUGCUGCUUGUGCAUGGGUUCUUCAUUCAUCUGGCGCCAUAGAGCAUGUGCGGGAGUUUCUUCUUCGAGAACCUGAACCGAUCUCGCUCAUGACAGAGCCAAAUGCAGCUCCAGAACUUCACUUCGCGCUAGAGAAGUUGCAGUACUUUCGGCACGUUUCCACGAUGGCCUAGUUAUGGUUUUCACUUAUCUCUCACUCCACUUAACCCUUUACUUUGAUGUUGUGUGUGUUUAUCUGUUCCAUGUCUCUGUGGAUGUUGUACCCGCGCAGGAAAAUGACUGUAUUCCAAAAAAAAAAAGAUCAUGUGACGUUUGUG